GACUUGCAAGUGGUUGUAAACGUCAAAAAUUGUCAUUAAGCAAAUAAAAUUAGUUUUCGGUGCAUGUUAUCUAGAUUAUAUUUGUUGAUAUUUAAAGUAGUGUAAACAAUUUAUUUUAGAAAAUGCCAAUUUAUGAAGGUAUUACAACCGAAAAAUUACAUGUUGUAAUAGAUAUUGGUUCUGCUUAUACCAAAUUGGGCUUCAGUGGUGAACAUGCACCUAGAUGCAUUAUCCGCACAGAAGUGUUUUGCAAGAAAACACAUAAAGUCAGAAAAAUAUAUGACUAUGAAGAUAAAUAUGAUUUAUAUGAUUUAUUGGUAGAUUUCAUACACAUAUUAUAUUUUAAAUAUGCUUUAAUAAGUCCAAAAGAUAAACCUGUUGUUAUCGUUGAAUCCUUGUUAAGUCCAACACAAUUUAGAGAUGUUCUGGCAAAGGUAUUUUUCAAACACUAUGAAGUUUCUUCAAUAUAUCUACUUCCAUCUCAUCUAGUCAGUUUAGCUGGAUUAGGAAUUGAAACUGCUUUAGUUGUAGAUGUGGGUUACAAAGAAGCCACUGUUAUUCCAAUUUGCUUUGGUUUACCAUUUGUACAUUCAUGGCAAGCAUUGCCACUUGCUUCCCAAAGCAUUCACAGUAAUAUAAAAACGUUGCUUGCUUCUGAAAAUAUGGGAAUGGUAGAUAUUAAUGAAAAUGUGCUGGAAGAUAUAAAAGUAAGAUGUUGUUUUGUAACCACAAAAACGAGGGCGCAGUCUUGGAACGAAACGAAACCAACUAUAACACCAUGUCCAGAUGUAGAAUAUCCAUAUAACGGAAAAAGCAGUUUAAAAAUAUCGGGGAAACUGCGAGAGACCGUAUACGAAUUGCUUUACGUCGAGGACAACGAUCAUCAAUGUUUAUCCACGAUGAUUCUAGAUGCAAUUCUAAACGUGAACUUAGAUUUAAGAAAAAUAUUAGCAGAAAAUAUUUUGGUCAUUGGAGGUACAGCGAUGGCACCUGGAUUUAAAUCACGUUUAAAAGAAGAGCUGUACAAACAGCUAAAAUGUACUGCAUAUGAAAAAUUGAAAGUUAAUGACUUCAAAUUUCAUUCAUCACCUUCCUUGGAUAAUUACACUGCUUGGCUCGGUGGAGCAAUUUACAGUCAUACUGAAUUAAUUCAGUUCAAGUCCAUUUCAAGAGAAGAUUAUCUAAGAGAGAAUAGGAUUCCUGAUUGGAUAAAUUUGAAGGAUAAUCAAAUUUCUCUUUUAUAGAUCUAUGCAUAUAUUAUUUCAAUUAAAAAUUGCAUGAAGACGCACUAUUCACUAAAUGCAUUAAAACUAUUAUUAUUAUUUA